ACCUAGAUUUACUUGCUGGUGUGCAGGAUGGAUUGUCGUUCCUGGUUCGCGGCGUUUGGUCAGGGCAGAGUAAGUUUCUCCUGCGGCUCAAGUGGCCAUGGCUCCCACCGUGCAACUCAAUGAAGCAGUGUCCGACGUCCGGAAAGGAAUCCGGGCAAUACUCCUUGGACCCCCUGGUGCAGGCAAAGGGACGCAGGCCCCCCGUCUGGCAGAGCGAUACUGUGUCUGUCACCUGGCAACAGGUGACAUGCUGAGAGCCAUGGUAGCGUCUGGCUCUGAGCUUGGCCAGAGGCUAAAGAAGACCAUGGACGAAGGAAAGCUGGUCGGUGACGAGAUGGUUGUGGAGCUCAUUGAGAAGAACCUGGAGACUCCUCCUUGCAAAAACGGAUUUUUGCUGGACGGCUUCCCCCGUACGGUCAAGCAAGCGGAGAUGCUGGAUGAACUCCUGGAGAAGCGGGUGGAGAAGCUGGACUCCGUGAUUGAGUUCGCAGUGGACGAUUCGCUGCUCGUCCGCAGGAUCUGUGGAAGGCUAAUCCAUCAGGCGAGCGGCAGGUCGUACCACGAGGAGUUCAACCCUCCAAAAGUGCCAAUGAAGGAUGAUGUGACGGGCGAGCCACUGAUCCGCCGCAGUGACGAUAACGAGGUCACACUGCGCUCGCGGCUGGAGGCGUACCACAAGCAGACAGCACCACUGGUGCAGUACUACAGUGCCCGGAGGCUGCACCACGCUGUGGACGCUUCCCAGCCCCCAGACGUCGUAUUUGCCUCCAUCCUCGCCGCCUUCUCAGCCGCUACCUCUAUUUGAAUCCCAGUUUUCCACACUCAGUUCAAUCCUGGACUCUGGAGAAGGGAGAAAGCAGGGUGGAGGGUGAUGCAGGGGUAGCCAUACUGUUUGCUUCUGCUGACACACAAGAGCGCGUUCGCUAGAAGCGGCUUUUCUAUGGGAAAAGCAUAUGAACAUGUCAUGGAGUGGAUUGUGUGUAUUACAAAUAAAACACAACUUUCUUAUUAAA